GGCAACUUGCGGUAAUUUUGAUUGAAUUUGGUGGCAGUUCGCCAGUAACGUAGUCCACAUUCGUGCCGUGCUAACAUACGGUACCGUUAGUUAUCUUAUAGCUUGAUUGCAGUCAACCCCGUGAACAUGGUGAAACCGGUGAGAAAAUCAUCGAACAAGAACCCACCGAUUUUAAGUCAUGAAUUCAUCAUUCAAAAUCAUGCAGAUAUCGUUUCUUGUUUGGCAAUGGUGUUUGUUGUGGGGCUCAUGUUUCAGGUGACUUCUCCACUUGCAUCAGUGUUUAUUACCCUACAACAUAACGUGACAGAAGCGGGUGAAAUACCCCUGUAUAGUCCAGGAAUUAGGGAUUGGGCUUCAAUCUUCUUUUACAGUUUGAUUUGUAUUGUUAUCCAUGCCAUCAUUCAGGAAUAUGGAUUAGAUAAAAUCUCAAAGAAGCUUCAUUUGUCGAAAUCCAAACUGGCAAUAUUCUCUAACAGCGGUCAACUCUCCGUCUUCUACUUGAUCUCAGCAGGUUGGGGUUUGGACAUCGCUAUCAAGGAACACUUUAUCCCUGACAUUGCGCGUUUGUGGUCUGACUACCCCGCUCCCAUGACCUUCUUGGCCAAACUCUACAUCAUCAUCCAGUUGGCUUAUUCGUUGCACGAACUGCCGGAACUGUAUUUCCAACGUGUCAAACGCGAAGAGGUCGUGGAAAAGGCUGUUGCCAGCACAGUUGGUCUGCUACUGGUUGCUGUACCCUACUUUUUGAACUUCAAUCGCCUCCUGGUGUGUCUUUUGGUUCUUCAUCACAUUUCCGAAUUGGUGUUCCACGUCGCCCAGCUCGUACAGACUGUCGACAAAGAAGAGAAGUUCACUAAAGUGAGCAAACUUGUAUCAAAUGGUUUGCAAGUUUUCGCUCGUUUGGGCAGCAUCAUUCUUGCUGUAUUGACACUUUGGUAUGGUUUGGCGAAGGGUGAACAGCAUGAGUUGGACAUUCAGAACAGAUACUUCAAUACUCCUGCUGUAAGGUUGGGUCUUCUUGCUGGAGUACUCGUUCUUCAAGUAUAUUUGGUCUUCAACGUCAUCAGUAAAGAAUUGGCAAAAUCGCGAGAGAGCAAAGGAUUGACCACUAUUCCAAAAGCCAAACCUCAGAAGAAAGAAAAAUCAAAGAAAACUAAGAAAACCAGUGACGAAUCCGAUCUUCCUGAGGUCGACCAAAAUACCAAUAAAACUCUGAGGAAACAAAAAGUCAAAUAAACCUUUUUCUGUAGUUUAUUUUGUUUCUUUUGUUAUUACUAUGUUCAUUUAGAUAUAUUUAUUUAUCCAUGACUGUAUUUUGUUCAUUUUUUGUUUUGUUUUUUACAUCAUUUAGUUUAUACAUCGAAAUUGUAUAUGUGCUUAACUUGAACAAAAUUGUACAAUUUAGAAAAUCCAUCCAGUUAUAAUUUUUUCAAUAAAAUUAAUAAAUGUAA